GUGCUGAUGGUGGAUGCCUGAAGGCAGACAGGCAGGUCUGCUGAUGGGGGAUGAGGCUGAGGGAGAAGGGGAAGAUACUGGAGAGCUGGUGGAAAGGGAAAAGAAACCAGUAGAGUCAAAAAAGCCAAGUUUGACGGUGCUCAAGAGAAAUUCAACACGUACGUGACGCUGAAGGUGCAGAACGUGAAGAGCACCACCAUAGCGGUGCGCGGCAGCCAGCCCAGCUGGGAGCAGGACUUCAUGUUAUGAAGAAAUGGAGGCCACACAGCAUGGCCACAGCUGGAAAGUGGAUGUGCAGGCAUUUGCCAACCUCUAAGUUAUCCCCCCAAAGGAGUCAGGCUGGAGACGUCAAUAGACGUCUUCUCAUGGAUUCGACACUGCCAGGACACAUCCUGGCAGGCAGAGCCCAGCAAGUGGAGUGAGAUUAACCGCCUGGAUUUGGGACUGACUGUGGAAGUAUGGAACAAGGGUCUCAUUUGGGACACGAUGGUGGGCACCGUGUGGAUCCCUCUGCGGACUAUCCGCCAAUCCAACGAGGAGGGCCCCGGAGAGUGGCUCACACUGGAUUCACAGGUGAUCAUGGCCGAUAGUGAGAUCUGCGGCACCAAGGACCCCACGUUCCACCGCAUCCUCUUAGACACGCGCUUCGAGCUGCCACUGGACAUCCCAGAGGAGGAGGCACGCUACUGGGCCAGGAAACUGGAGCAGCUGAACGCCAUGCGCGACCAGGAUGAGUUCCCUUUCCAGGAUGAGCCUGACAAGCCAUUGCCAGUGCCGGGAAGCCAGUGCUGCAACUGGAAUUAUUUUGGCUGGGGUGAACAAAACGAUGACCCUGACAGCGCUGUGGAUGACCGGGACAGUGACUACCGCAGUGAGACCAGCAACAGCAUCCCGCCACCCUACUACACGACAUCGCAGCCUAACGCCUCCGUCCACCAGUACUCUGUGCGCCCACCCCCUCUGGGGUCCCGGGAAUCCUACAGCGACUCCAUGCACAGCUAUGAGGAGUUCUCUGAGCCGCGGGCCCUCAGUCCCACAGGCAGCAGCCGUUAUGCAUCCUCAGGUGAGCUGAGCCAGGGCAGCUCCCAGCUAAGCGAGGACUUCGACCCCGAUGAGCAGAGUCUGCAGGGUUCUGAGGAUGAGCGUGACCGGGACUCCUACCACUCGUGCCAUAGCUCGGUGAGCUACCACAAAGACUCGCCACGCUGGGACCAGGAUGAUGAGGAGCUGGAUGAGGACCUGGAGGAGGACCUGGAGGAGGACCUGGAGGAGGAGCUGGAGGAGGAGCUGGAGGAGGAGGAGUUGCCUGAGGAGGAGGAAGAGGAAGAAGAGGAGGUGCCAGAUGACUUGGGCAGCUACACCCAGCAUGAAGAUACCACUGUGGAGGAAUCCAAAGAGUUCAAGCGCAUCAGCCUUCCACCUCCUGCACCCGAGGAGGACAAGGCCCUAGCCAUGCCCCCUGACACCCCGGACAUGGCCAAGAGUGUCCCCAAGCCAGCUACACCUGAACAAGUGAUGGGGGCUGAGCAGUCCCCUGAAGCUGAACCCCCAAAGGCUGAGGAGAGUUUCAGGCUAGGAGAGGAUCAGGAGGGCCAGGACUCCAUGUCCAGGGCCAAGGCCAACUGGCUGCGAGCAUUCAACAAGGUGCGGAUGCAGCUUCAGGAGGCACGGGGAGAAGGAGAGAUGUCCAAAUCCCUGUGGUUCAAAGGCGGCCCUGGGGGUGGUCUCAUCAUCAUAGACAGCAUGCCAGACAUCCGGAAGAGGAAACCUAUCCCGCUUGUGAGCGACCUGGCCAUGUCCUUGGUGCAGUGCCGGAAAGCUGGCAUCACCUCAGCCUUGGCCUCCAGCACGCUGAACAACGAGGAGCUGAAAAACCACGUUUACAAGAAAACCCUGCAAGCCUUAAUUUACCCCAUCUCCUGCACGACGCCGCACAACUUUGAGGUGUGGACGGCCACCACGCCCACCUACUGCUAUGAGUGCGAGGGGCUGCUGUGGGGCAUCGCCAGGCAGGGCAUGCGCUGCACCGAGUGCGGGGUCAAGUGCCACGAGAAGUGCCAGGACCUACUCAACGCCGACUGCCUGCAGCGCGCCGCGGAGAAGAGCUCGAAGCACGGUGCAGAGGACCGCACACAGAACAUCAUCAUGGUGCUGAAGGACCGCAUGAAGAUCCGUGAGCGAAACAAGCCCGAGAUCUUCGAGCUCAUCCAGGAGAUCUUCGCAGUCACCAAGACGGCACACACGCAACAGAUGAAGGCCGUCAAGCAAAGCGUACUGGACGGCACGUCCAAGUGGUCGGCCAAGAUCAGCAUCACUGUGGUCUGUGCCCAGGGCUUGCAGGCAAAGGACAAGACAGGAUCCAGCGAUCCUUACGUCACUGUGCAGGUCGGGAAGACCAAGAAAAGGACAAAAACCAUCUAUGGGAACCUCAACCCCGUGUGGGAAGAGAAUUUCCACUUCGAGUGUCACAACUCCUCUGACCGUAUCAAGGUCCGCGUCUGGGAUGAGGACGACGACAUUAAGUCCCGAGUGAAGCAGAGGUUUAAGAGGGAGUCUGAUGACUUCCUGGGGCAGACGAUCAUUGAGGUGCGGACGCUCAGCGGCGAGAUGGACGUGUGGUACAACCUGGACAAGAGAACAGACAAAUCGGCAGUAUCUGGUGCCAUCCGCCUUCACAUCAGUGUGGAGAUUAAAGGCGAAGAGAAGGUGGCCCCAUACCACGUCCAGUACACCUGCCUGCAUGAGAACCUGUUCCACUUCGUGACAGAUGUGCAGAACAAUGGCGUGGUCAAGAUCCCAGAUGCCAAGGGUGAUGAUGCCUGGAAGGUGUACUACGAUGAGACGGCCCAGGAAAUUGUGGACGAGUUUGCCAUGCGUUAUGGCGUUGAAUCCAUCUACCAAGCCAUGACCCACUUUGCCUGCCUCUCCUCUAAAUACAUGUGCCCUGGGGUGCCCGCUGUCAUGAGCACCCUGCUUGCCAACAUCAAUGCCUACUAUGCACACACCACCGCCUCCACCAAUGUGUCUGCCUCUGACCGCUUCGCUGCCUCCAACUUCGGGAAAGAACGCUUUGUGAAACUCCUGGACCAGCUGCAUAAUUCUCUGCGCAUUGACCUCUCCAUGUACCGGAAUAACUUCCCAGCCAGCAGCCCGGAGCGACUCCAGGACCUCAAGUCCACUGUGGAUCUGCUCACCAGUAUCACCUUCUUCCGGAUGAAGGUCCAGGAACUCCAGAGCCCACCCAGGGCCAGCCAGGUGGUGAAGGACUGCGUGAAGGCCUGCCUCAACUCCACCUAUGAGUACAUCUUCAAUAACUGUCAUGAACUUUAUAGCCGGGAGUACCAAACAGACCCGGCCAAAAAGGGGGAGGUGCCCCCAGAAGAGCAGGGCCCCAGCAUCAAGAACCUCGACUUCUGGUCCAAGCUGAUCACCCUCAUUGUAUCCAUCAUAGAGGAAGACAAGAACUCUUACACACCCUGCCUCAAUCAGUUUCCCCAAGAGCUCAACGUGGGAAAAAUCAGCGCAGAAGUCAUGUGGAACCUCUUUGCCCAAGACAUGAAGUACGCCAUGGAGGAGCAUGACAAACACCGGCUGUGCAAGAGCGCCGACUACAUGAACCUUCACUUCAAGGUCAAGUGGCUCUACAAUGAAUAUGUGACUGAGCUGCCUGCCUUCAAGGAGCGCGUGCCUGAGUACCCCGCGUGGUUCGAGCCCUUUGUCAUCCAGUGGUUGGAUGAGAAUGAGGAGGUGUCACGGGACUUCCUGCAUGGUGCCCUGGAGCGGGACAAGAAGGAUGGGUUCCAGCAGACGUCGGAGCACGCUCUGUUCUCAUGCUCCGUGGUGGACGUCUUCUCCCAGCUCAACCAGAGCUUUGAGAUCAUCAAAAAGCUAGAGUGUCCUGACCCCCAGAUUGUGGGGCACUACAUGCGGCGCUUCGCCAAGACUAUCAGCAAUGUGCUCCUCCAGUAUGCUGACAUCAUCUCCAAGGACUUCGCCUCCUACUGCUCCAAGGAGAAAGAGAAAGUGCCUUGCAUCCUUAUGAACAACACGCAGCAGCUCCGUGUGCAGUUGGAGAAGAUGUUCGAGGCCAUGGGAGGCAAGGAGCUGGAUACGGAGGCCAGUGAUAUCCUGAAGGGACUUCAAGUGAAACUUAACAGUGUCUUGGAUGAGCUCAGCCGGGUGUUUGCUACCAGCUUCCAGCCACACAUUGAAGAGUGUGUCAAACAGAUGGGUGACAUUCUGAGUCAGGUGAAGGGUACAGGCAAUGUGCCGGCCAGCGCAUGCAGCAGUGUGGCCCAGGAUGCGGACACCGUGCUGCAGCCCAUAAUGGACCUGCUGGACAGCAACCUCACCCUCUUCGCCAAGAUCUGUGAGAAGACAGUCCUGAAACGCGUGCUGAAGGAGCUAUGGAAGCUCGUCAUGAACACCAUGGAGAAGACCAUCGUGCUGCCACCGCUCACUGACCAGACGAUGAUCGGCACCCUCUUGAGAAAACAUGGCAAGGGACUAGAAAAGGGCAGGGUGAAACUGCCAAGCCACUCAGACGGAACACAGAUGAUAUUCAACGCUGCCAAGGAGCUGGGUCAGCUGUCCAAGCUCAAGGACCACAUGGUACGAGAGGAAGCCAAGAGCUUAACCCCAAAGCAGUGCGCAGUGGUUGAACUCGCCCUGGACACUAUCAAGCAAUACUUCCACGCGGGGGGCGUGGGCCUCAAAAAGACCUUCCUAGAGAAGAGCCCAGACCUGCAGUCCUUGCGCUAUGCCUUGUCCUUGUACACCCAGGCCACCGACCUGCUGAUCAAAACCUUCGUUCAGACGCAGUCAGCCCAGGGCUCGGGGGUAGAUGACCCUGUGGGUGAAGUGUCCGUCCAUGUGGAGUUGUUCACGCAUCCUGGAACUGGAGAGCAAAAAGUCACAGUGAAAGUGGUGGCUGCCAAUGACCUCAAGUGGCAGACUUCUGGCAUCUUCCGGCCAUUCAUCGAGGUCAACAUCAUUGGGCCCCAACUGAGUGACAAGAAACGCAAGUUUGCCACCAAAUCCAAGAACAACAGCUGGGCGCCCAAGUACAACGAGAGCUUCCAGUUCACGCUGAGCGCCGACGCGGGGCCCGAGUGCUACGAGCUGCAGGUGUGCGUGAAGGACUACUGCUUCGCGCGCGAGGACCGCACGGUGGGGCUGGCCGUGUUGCAGCUGCGCGAGCUGGUCCAGCGCGGGAGCGCCGCGUGCUGGCUGCCGCUCGGCCGCCGCAUCCACAUGGACGACACGGGCCUCACGGUGCUGCGCAUCCUGUCGCAGCGCAGCAACGACGAGGUGGCCAAGGAGUUCGUCAAGCUCAAGUCGGACACGCGCUCGGCCGAGGAGGGCGGAGCGGCGCCUGCGCCUUAG